UGCAGCUUACAUCCUCGACGAAUUGUGGGACAAAUUAAAGAAAUAAAGAGGUUUUCUCCCGGGUUUGAGGAUAGGGGGCGCAAUGGCGAGCGACGUUCGCUACCGCAGCGCCGUGAGCAAGUCCAAGGACCCCUCAGGCCUCCUCAUCUCUGUCAUUCGGACCCUCUCGACUAGCGAUGAUGUUCACGACCGGGAGGCAGAGAAGCAGCGGCUGGAAGAGGCAUACGACCGCUGCGACCACGAGCUGGACGACAAGAUUGUGCAGCACUACACGGAGCUCACCACUGCCAUCCGCACCUACAACUCCAUCACCGAGCGCAUCGCCGCCUCGCGCUCGCGCAUCCGACAGGUGCGAGAGAACCUGCUGUCGUGCAAGACGCUGCUGCAGUGCAAGCGUCAUGAGCUGCGCAAGCUGUGGGUGGAGGGCGUGGAGCACAAGCAUGUGCUCGCCCUCCUCGACGAGAUAGAGGACAUCCGCCAGGUCCCGCAGCGGCUCGACCGUGCCAUGGGCAGCAAGCACUACCUGCGCGCCACUGACAUGCUGGUGUCGGCCGUGGAGGCGCUGGACGGGCACCUGCGCCAGGUGGAGGGGCUGAGCGAACUGCGGCUGGAGCUGCACGCCAGGAAGAUGACGCUACACGUGGUGCUUAUCGCCGAGCUCCACCGCCACCUCUACAUCCGCUCCACGGGCCAUGCGGCACACCACGCGCCACCGCCACACCUCACCGGGUCUCUGGGCAAGGAGACCGGGACGCCCCACCAGCACACAGAUGUCACGAGCCCCCCCGCACCAAGGAAGGCCCCAGACUCUGCCUCUUCGCAAGGCAAGGAGGUGAGCGUGGAGAUGGUGACGGAAAACCCAGAGGAGCGCGACCCCGAGGAGGACAGCGCCCGCUUCAUGGCAGUGUUGGUGGCGGCCCUGGCCAAGCUCGGAAAAAUCCCCGACGCCAUCAAGGCCAUCAAGGAGCGCUUUGAGCGCGAGCUGCAGGCCAUCGUGCGCCGCUCCACCACGCAGGUGGCCGACUCGGCCUACCAGCGCGGAGAGAGCGCCGCCCCGCGCGACGCGCAGCCCGGGCUGCUGUUGGAGCUGAUGGAGCUGCUGUUUGACAAAUUCCGCUGCGUGGCCGAUGCACACAGUGUGGUGCUCGCGCACCUCAAGCAGGCGGUAGGGCCGGGCGGGGCCGGGCGUGCCGGCGACGUGAAACUCUACGACAUGGCCGACGUCUGGGCCAAAAUCCAGGCCGUGCUGCAGAUGUUGCUCACGGAUUACCUGGAUGUGAAGAACACUCGAGCUGCCGGAGCAGAGCCCUCGGCCCAGCUCCCCUACCCCAGUUCUGGUGGAGACUUCUCCUCGUUCUUCGUGAAGAAAAAGCAGCAACGACAGCGGCCAUCGCUGUUCAAGUUCGAGUCGUCGUCCCACGCCAUCAGCAUGAGCACCUACCUGCGCGAGCAGCGGCAGGCGCUGUACAUCAAGAGCGGCGCCCUGCAGGGUGGAGCGGAUGACAACCUGAUCGAAGGCGGAGGGGUGCAGUUUGUGUGCAAGCCAGGCGCACGGAACAUCACCGUCAUCUUCCACCCACUCAUGAGGUUCAUCAAGGAGACGGAGCAAGCGAUGGGCUACGGGCCUGGCAAGCAGUGCACCCUGCGCGAGUUCCUCACGCAGUACGUCAAGAACAUCUUCCUCAACCAGGUGCACCUGGAGAUCAACAAGGAGAUCGAGGCCGUCACCAAGGUGGCCGAUCCCCUCAAGAUGCUGGCCAACGCCGACACCAUGAAGGCCCUCGCCGUGCAGAGGCCUCUGCUGCAGGGUGCCGUGGUUGUGGAGAAGUCGGUCCAGGACCUCAUGAACCUGGUGCAUGACCUCAGCGCCUACUCGGACCAGUUCCUGCACAUGAUCUGCAUCAAGCUGCAGGAGUACCGCGCCAUGUGUCACGCAGCAUACAGGAACAUCGUGGCGGUUCACUCGGAGGACCGGCUCGUGAUCAGUGCCUCCUGGGCCAAGGACGAUGACAUCACGCGGCUGCUCAAGUCUCUGCCCAACUGGACCAACCUGGCGCAGGCCAAGCAGCCCCGUGCUCGCGGGCAGCAGGGCGACACCAACGAGGAGGAGUACACGCGCGCCAUCAACGCGAAGGAGUCGGACGUGCUGACGGGGAACCUGGGGGAGCAGCUCAUCCCAGAGCAGGCCAUCCUGCGCGACCCCGGCGACCUCAAGGCCCUCGCCAACCUCCACGAGAGCCUCGAGUGGCUCGCCAGCCGCCUCAACGGCUUCCUGGCCGACAUCCCCGCGGCCCCCGUCCAGGACACGAUGUCGCCCGCUGGCUCGGAGUCGAGCCCAGAUAAGGACCUUCUGUCGGUGCCCGAGCAGAUCCUGAACACGCUGUGGGGGCUGACGCGCGAGUUCCAGGACAUGGCCGACCGCUGUCUGCUCGUGCUGCACCUGGAGGUCAGGGUGCACUGCUUCUAUUACCUGAUCCCCCUGGCGAAGCAGGGCAACUACGCGAUUGUGGCGAACGUGGAGAGCAUGGACUAUGACCCGCUGGUGGUGCGGCUCAACAAGGACAUCUGCGCAGUCGAGGAAAUGAUGAACGCCAGCCUGCAGCUCCACAAAUUCCAGUACAUCUUCGAGGGCCUGGGUCACCUCAUCUCCUCCAUCCUGAUCAACGGCGCCCAGCACUUCAAGCGCAUCAGCGAGUCCGGCAUCAAGAAGAUGUGCCGCAACAUCUUCGUGCUCCAGCAGAACCUGACCAACAUCACCAUGUCGAGGGAGGCCGACCUCGACUUUGCACGGCAGUACUACGAGAUGAUGUACACCACUCCGGACGAGCUGCUCAGCGUGCUGGUGGACCAGGGCGUCCGCUACUCGGAGCUCGACUACAUCAACGCGCUGGCGCUGCUGCAGCGCAGCCAGGCGGGCGUGGGCGACCAGACGGUGCAGAACGGGCGCAUGCAGCGCCUUAAGGAGAUCAUCCGCGAGCAGAACGCCAUCAAGCAGGCGGCCAAGGACAAAAAGAUCACCACCGUCUAGGGGCCGCCGGCGUGCGUGGCCGCGUCGGCUCGGCCGAGACCAAGGCGUUGUUCCGCGCCGGUAUCAGGGGUUGGAGCCGUGCGUAGUCCCGUGUUAGUCCCGUGUUAGUCCGGGUUAGGGUUUAGAGUCCGGGCGACGGCUACAGCCCUUGUACGUCAGGGCAGACUCUCGAGAGACGGAUUGGCGGAGCGGUGGCGCAGAGAUCACCGCACCGCGCUACGAAUCCCCGUGAUCCGAGUUGAUUCUGGACCACGGCUAACAUCAGUGGCGAGUGAUAUCCGAACCGGUUCUGGACCCCCUUCUUCACCAACCUGUUCUAACGAGCGUGGUGAAGUAUGGGGGGUGGAGGGGAGGUCUUCAUCCAGCAGUGGAUUGGCGAGGAUGACGUGUUGGCUCGGUUAGAGUCCGUGCCAGGGCUGCAGUCUUGGCUGUAAGCUGGUGUAGCCGCGUGUUGGGCAAGACGAGGUGUUGGGAUCACGCCGAGGUUCCACUUCAUCGUUACGCAGCUACAGAUUCCUCUGGCUCGGCGUCUCUCGUGGGAACUCGGUUUACGUUCGGUCGCGGAUAACGCUGAAGCCACGGCCCUGACCCCGUCUCCCCCCUCGUGCUUGCGCGGAGAGGACCACCUCGUUCGGCCACAUGUCGUGGCCGUGUCGAAUUAAGGACCCCCGACUUCCCCUCGUCACGUCUCUCAAUAUAUCCGAGUUUGGAGCGUGCGCCACUACCCCCCCCCCCCCCCCCCCCGCUGUCCCCGCUGUAGCUGCUGUAGCUGCUGUAGCUGCUGAAGCUGCUGGAGCUGCUGCUCACCCCCUUCGUCUCGGCGCCGGGUCGCGGCACGACGCUUCGAGUCCACGGAGAAAAAAAAAACUAAACGUGUUUGCUUUUUUAUUUCGUGCUUAAAAAUAGUCGACCGUGACUCCAUCUGGCGUCUCUUUUGACAGUUCCCGCUUUCUCCCUUCCUGCCUCCUGCCACCGUUGCCGUGAGAGUUGGGAGGGGGGGAGCCCCCCCCCCCACCGCCACCAUCGCACGCCCCCCCACCCUAAACCUAAAACCCGCGAUCGGGGGCGAUCGCGGGAGGCAGUCGGGCACUGCCGUGCGGCCAGAGGGCAAAAGCAAUCAAGAAAUCACAGCAGCGGUUGAUUAGUUUAAUUAAGCGAACAUUACACAGUAAUUUCAACGUGAAAUCAAGCCGCAUUAGAAUUUACUCAAAGCCAGCAUCAUUCCAAUCAAGAAAUGCUAAUUCAGCAGAGGUGCGUCGCGCUGAAUAAAUUACGUCGCGGCCUCUCUGCGCUGCCCUGCGGUUUGACCGCCGCUCCAGGCGUCGCUGGGUUCGACACGGGUAUGCGGGGUCGUGGGGGUCACGGGGAGUCCCGGAGUAGGAUCACGUGGUGUGGUCAAUGAGACUCGGGCAGUCACAGCAGAGGCACAGCCGCGCCACAGGCGUCCCUUGCCACUGGGUGGAUUUAUGGACCCCCCCCUCUUGGAAGGGGGGUUGGGGCGUCACGGUACUACCCACGGUUAUUACGGGGGGGGGGGGGGUCCCUUGUGAAAUCAAUGGGAACCGUCAACGUACCAUGAACAUGGGGGGUCCGUGUGUGGUGGCGUGCAUUGUUUAGUGCUGCUGUAGGAAUCGUCGUGUGAGCGAGCUGACGCGUGAGAGUGUGUGUUGAGCGGAAACGCAGCUGUUAGCACGCAGCACUCCUCUCCCGGCGAUCAGAAUUCGAUUGCUGCUCACGCCCACCAUUACCAGUGACGAUGAUCUGAACCUACGGUGUAUUAAUGAUCCUUAUGGCGGUACCCCGGGCUACCACAAUACAAAAUGGUCGAGGCAAUUAAAUAGUUUAUUUCUGGGACAGUAUUUUGUCCAGGGGUGUACUUCACUCCACGACUGGGGUAGCAAUCAAUCCGAAAUCAGUGCCACUCCGCGAUGUCGAAACGCCAAACAGCAUUAAAAAAUCUUCAUCGAAAAAUUCAACUGUGAAUACAGUGCAUCGUGUCCAGCUCGUCGAGAUGAGUCGAUUUCCGCAUCGCCGACCAUCAACAGACUAAAAAUGACUGCAUCACGGACAUUGUGAGAGCCGGGGUACUAUGGUACCCCGGGGUACCGCCAUAAGGUUCAAAUAUCCCCACUGGGGAGACAAAGGCGGCCGGGCGUGGCGCUGGCCACCCACCCCCUCGUGUGCCGUAAGGGCCUUCAUAGGUGCUCGCUAACAGCACUUGCCCUAACAGUCAGUUAAAGCUAUACGGGGUGUCUUUGUCUUGUGUCCACACCCGUCUUUAAAAGGGGGCGGUGACAGUAAAUAUUUGAACCGGUCCUGGACCUCCCCUAGGUCGACUCGGCCUCAAACAAGUACCUGGUGUGAUGUGUAAACAUUGCCACUAGGGAAACAAAAACGCUCGGGCGCUGUUCAAGGCACACCACCCCCGUGUGUGUCGUGCUGCCCUUCACAGGUGCUUCUCACUGACGACAGCACUCGCCCCAACAGUCUGCCAAGUCCGUACGGGGAUCUUCUUGUCCAGCAUGCACGAACGUGCGUGUGACCGCGUGCGUCCUAGACGUGUGACGACCGGGUGUGCGUCGUGUGAGUGACUUUCCAGGAGCGUGUCCUCUGUCCCGUGUCGCCAAGCCCCCCCCCCCCCUCCAGAUGUAACGCUUUGUGAGCAGCACGAUCGAUUGCGGCAAAUAAAGAUUUUUACCUGCAGACAA